UUAGUUCCUAGUUCGGUCUAAAAGUGCUUUUUUUAGCCGCUUUAUUUUGAAGACAAAAAAAAAAAAAUCGAGCGAAAUUGGAAAAUGCAGACAAGAUAAUAUCGUCACAAUUUGAACAUCUUCAUUGGUCUUUGAUUGCGGUAUAUAAAAUUUUGUUGUUGUUUGUUUUCUUCGGAAAGUAUUUCAGUUUUGUUUUGAAAUAUAUUGAAUUCUUCCACUUUUAAUAACCAGAAGAUUGGAUGUCUUGAAAAGAUUCAACCGAGUUAACACUGUUAUGAUUUGAACAUUUUCACCCAUCUGAGGCCUAAAGUACUAUCUUCUUUGAAAGGUAUUUCACUUUUGUUUUUAAAGGCAGUCUUCAAGUUCGCCAACAUGAUGAUGGAAUUGAUGUAUCCCUCCUACAUCGACUUAGACAAGGCAGAAAAUAUAGUCAAGUACAGUUUUGUAGUCCACAAGUCAGUCACCUGCCUAGAUCUCAGUGUCUGCGAAUAUUCAGUGUUCAAAGGCAGAAGGCAAGGUCAUCCAUUGAGGAUUGAUAAAACUUUCCCGCCUUUAAUUGAUUGGUCGAACAAUUUCAUCUCUACUGAGGAGGAUUGCCGGAAGAGUUUGACGGUCGAAAGGCAACUAUUGUAUGCUCAUCAUUUAGAUUCUUCUAUUAAACUAGAACACAGUUUGCGCAAUGUUCAGAGCUGUCAGAAACGAGAAUAUUACUCACCUAGUAUGUUUUUGUCACAACUGGACACCGAUUAUGAACUGUACGAAGACAGUCUGAGCGAGAUGAUCAUAGAGACCUUAAAAACGUCAAAUCAGAAGGUAAACUGCGUCAGAAAAGUGUCGAAGAUCAUGAAAAAAUUAGUUUGCUUGAAAAAGAACUUUACCAUCAUUUCUUUGUGUUUGGACAUUUUGUACGAGCAUUGCAGCGAUUCAAAUGUUGUGAAUGACUUUUUAACAGCGUUCAACUUCCAGGCUUGGAUUGUGAACAUCGACCGGCCAAAGCUGUUACAAUAUCUCUUGCACCAUGCAAAUCAGGCUGGGCACAAUGUUUUGGUAACUGAUGUACAUAAACUGAUAAAUCGUUGUGUUACCAACCACCUGUUUCGCAAUAGUACGGUACUCCUCAAGUAUUAUGAUGCCCCCGGAUUUUCUGAUUCCAUGUAUGAAGAUGUUAUACACCAUAUAGCAAAACGAAGGCCUUCACUCAAUGAUGACGUAUUAACAUGCCCCGUGAAAGAAGGCUGGCUGUGCAAGAAAAGAAAUUUUCUGAUGCUCCAAAUUUUGGACAUUUUCUUCCACGGUCCCACUCCCAGUUCCAAAACAGCUUUAAGUCAAAUAUGGAAAUCCAUACCUGACGCUUUCAUCAGUCAGGAGGAACUGUCUCGGGCCUACAACAAAGUUGUCAGUCCAAUAGAUAUUGAAGAAAUCUACGCGUUCUACAGCAGCGUCAUAGAAGAGGAGAAGAUCUACGAUUUCGACGAUAUCGAGGAGGACAUUCAAUCCUGUACGCCUCGAUCUCUAAAGCAAACUUGUCGUACAACAAUUCGGAAAAGUCUCAGUGACAACAAGCAGUUACCUCAAGGAAUUCAGAUGCUACACUUGCCACGACAAUUGCAAUCAUUUCUGAAACUCGAAAUUUAGAUCAACAAUUCGGAAAAGUCUCAGUGACAACAAGCAGUUAUCUCAAGGAAUUCAGAUGCUACACUUGCCACGACAAUUGCAAUCAUUUCUGAAACUGGAAAUUUAGAUCAUUGUUGCAUUUCAGUUUGUUGGACUAGUUUUAGCUUUUGGAACUCGUUAAACUCUGAGUAACAAAUACAAUUGAGAUCACCUUGCAGAAUUUUAGAAUACAAGAGCAUUUCCGAACGCCAGAUUCUGGAAGAUUCUACAAUUGCAUCAUGUUUACCCAUUAAAUUUAUAAUAUGGUCCAAUAAUUCUUUUCUGGU